AUGUCCAGCACCAGCACCAGCAGCAACAGCGGCGUAAAGUCCGUGGCUAAGGCAAUCGCAGUACUUGCCUUUCUAUGCAUGUUGCAUUCGGGCUACUCUGCGCGCGAGUUUCUUUUGUACAGCAAAUCCAUCGGCCGGCAGGACCUCUCAUUGCCAAUUGAAAUUGUGCUUGAAUGCCUGGGAACUCUGGCCGUUAUGGCCGUCGCCCUGGUGUUUGGUGUCGGCGAGUUCAAGCCUAUCAGCUACGAGGCCGAGAUGAAGCGGUACUCGAUUGACGGCAUUUAUUCCAGACCGUCCUUCCAGAUCUUCAACCAUCGCGGCCGGUUCCUUCGUCCGACAAAGCCCGUUGCCCCGGAUAAUGAGUAG